AAAACAAACGGGCCGUUUAGCCGUCACCUAGGCGACCGAGUUAGCUAACAAGUGCUUCAUGUAUUCACAUCCAGUGGACACAGAGCAAACAUACAUAUUCAUUUGGAGUCGUGUCUCUGGUCACCUGAUGAAUUGUGAAAGGUGUUAGGUCCGGUGGGGAGUUCAAGGGCCCAGAGAAGCCCCUGAGGACCGUUCAACACAAACCAUACCGGAGGGCAGAUGAUUCACAUCUGCUGCGAUGUGACCGCAACAGCCAUUGUGAAAAUUAGUAUCAACAUGGACGGAGCUGCAGAGGAGUGGAGCACUGAGGGAGGACCAGCGAGGAGACAAACUCAACUCCACAAAAUGCCCUCAGCGAUGAAUGCAAAUAGGACAGUGCAGUCUGCCAGCCCAGAUGUGGGAUCCGCUCCAGGGUCAAUGGGCAAUUUUGCACUCGGUGGACAGUCUGAAGUUAUGAAGCAAGUGCUGUGUGUCCUCGACAAGAAGGUCCGCAACAUGGAGAAAAAAAAAAGUAAACUGGAUGACUAUCAAGUCAAGAAGGAUAAAGGGGAGAGUCUCAAUCAGGACCAACUGGAGGCCCUCACCAAAUUCCAGGAAAUCACGAAUAACUUAGAAUUUGGCCGAGAGUUGCAGAAGACGUUCAUCACACUGGGACAAGAUAUCCAGAAGGUGGUGAAGAAGUCUGCACGGCGGGAGCAGCUGCAGCGGGAGGAGGCUGAGCAGAGGAGGCUGAAGACGACUCUGGAGCUGCAGUUCCUCCUGGACCGGCUGGGAGAGGACACCGUGCGGCAGGACCUGAAGCAGGGAGUCGGCGGCUCGCCGCUGCUGACAGACGUAGACCUCGCAGCUUUUGAUGAGUUCUACAAGCUAGUGGGGCCAGACCGUGACCAAAACAUCAGGUUGGUUGACCAGUAUGAAGAAGCAUCUGUGCACCUCUGGGACCUGAUGGAAGGGAAGGACAAGGCUGUGGUUGGAACAACAUACAAGGCACUGAGAGAGACUUUGGACCAGGUUCUGCUGAGUGGGUACUUCGACCGGGUUCCAUCUCACCAAAACGGAGUGUGUGAGGAGGAAGAGGAGGAAGAGCCAGCCUCAGUGGCAGCGGUUGCCGCAGCAGUAUCUGAAUCGUCAGAAGCAGAAGAGCAGAGUCAGACUGCUGAUCCAGAAACUGAAAUAAUUGAGGAGUUCACAGAGCCCAUUGCGGUGGAAACAACAGAGUUUAUAAACAGACAGUUCAUUCCAGACGGCACAUACAGCGGCAGUGAGAAGGAGCAGGGGGACGAGUGGACCACGGAAACAGAGGCAGUCGUUGCCAUGCAGCAGCAGCAGCCUGCGGCUUCGCCUGUUGCCCUGGAGACCCACCCCCUGAACUUAGCGUCUCCUGUGCCGCCUACUGACCCCCUGGUCAGGAAGCAGGUGGUGCAGGACUUAAUGGCACAGAUGCAGGGAACGUACAACUUCAUGCAGGACUCUAUGCUGGAGUUUGACGGACAGCCCAUUGACCCUGCUAUCGUCUCAGCGCAGCCUAUGAAACCCGCUCCGAACAUGGACUUACCACAGAUGGUGUGUCCUCCAGUUCACCCAGAGUCCCGGCUAUCGCAACCCAACACUGUUCCUGUCCAACCUGAGCCCACACAAGUUCCUAUCGUCUCCCCAACUCCGCCCCCCAUGUAUCAGACCUCGCACACGCCAGAUCCUCGACCCUCAACAGAAACAAUCGACCCCAUCCAGACCUCAAUGUCCUUGUCGCCAGAGCAGCCUCCACCCUCUACAGCUCUCCCACCUGUCUCUCAAACACAAGUUUUCCAGCCUGUUUCCAAAGCUCCACACAGCAGUGGCAUCAAUGUCAACGCAGCACCAUUCCAGUCAAUGCAGACAGUGUUCAAUCUCAAUGCCCCAGUCCCGCCAGCUAAUGAGACGGAGGCUUUGAACCAGGCCAGCCAAUACCAGAACAGCUACAACCAAGCCUUCAGCAGCCAGCCGCAGCAUCCUGUGGAGCAGACGGAGAUGCAGUCAGAACAACUGCAGUCUGUAGUUGGUGCCUUCCAUUCCCAAGACCAGUCCGGAGGCCAUCAGCAGCCUCCCCAGCAGGGCCCAGGCUUCGUCAGACAGGGUCAAUCCUUCUACAACAGCAGAGGCAUGUCUCGCGGUGGACCUCGCAAUGCCAGGGGCAUGAUCAACGGCUACAGAGGCUCAUCGAAUGGAUUCAGAGGUGGCUAUGAUGGUUAUCGUCCUCCUUUCGCCAACACUCCAAACUCCGGUUAUGGACAGACUCAGUUCAACACACCUCGGGAUUACUCAAACGGGAAUUAUCAGAGGGAUGGUUACCAACCGAACUAUAAGCGCGGAGCUGGUCAGGGACCCAGAGGAGUGUCGAGAGGCAGCGCUCAGGCAAUACGAUCCUGAAAAGGCCUUUCAUAAUGACUGUGACUGACUAACUUGCACCACACUGAAAAUUCAAAAUUCAAGAAUGCAUUUGCCCCAGCUCACUCAUGUUCUCUUUUUUUUUGUUCUUCAUCAGUGGUAUUUUUCCUGUCUCUUAAAUCAAAGUAAUGCCUGCUUUGAUAUUUGGAAAUAUUAAAUCAUUUAAAGUCUGAAACACAAGCUGAGCUGUAAAUCCAAUCAUCGAUUUACACAAGCCAUGUGUUACAAUAUUCCUGUAAACUUGAAAGAUUUCAUAAGUUAUUUUUUGUAUAAAAAAAAUGCACCUGCCACUGCUGGUCCAACCCUUGGGAGUUUAUUCCCCUUCUCGGUUCUUUUCUGUCAUUUUGGUUCUAAAAAAAAAAAAAGCGUUUUAUGUUCAAUGAGCUCCCGUUUCCUUGUUUGUAAAUUGAUGUUGCUUCAAGAGUUUCAAUAAAGUUGUGUUGCAUACCCA